GACUUCCCAAGUUAUUUAUUAGCCCAAUAAAAAUAAGUAAAGUCACACAUGCUAAUAAUUAGGCCAUCUGUUUCCUUUUUAUAAGGUUUUGAAUUUGGCAAUUUAACAAUAACACAUGGCUAAAUUUGUGAUGCAGUUAGUUAGGUAAAUAUUAAAUAGAUAUUUCUUUAUAACCGUAUUAGUUCAUGAGUGUGUAUUACAAGUAGAGAUUACUGGAAUUAUUUUUACAGUCUUUUAAAGAAAUGGCUACCGAGUUAAAGCAAUGGAGACGGAAUAAUGUGUUGGUUAAGGAAUUUCUAAGUAGUGACAUUAUUGAUAUUGAUUGCUCAGCUUCAUUAUAUAAUGAGGUCUCUAGCAGCAGCAGCAAUCGUGAUGUUACUGCAAUAGUAAAUUCUGAAUAUAAUUCAGACUCUAUAUUACAGGAUGAAGAUGGUAAUGUUAAACUCAACAUUACAAACAGUUUAAGCUCUAGUUUGAGCAGCUUUAUAAUACAGGAUGAAGAGCCUAAUGUUGAACUUAACAUUACUAACAGUUUAAGCUCUGUGCUUGCUUCCUGGGCAACACGUAACAGAUGUUCAAGGGCUUGUGUUAAUGAACUUCUUUUGAUAUUAAAAGGUAAUGGGCAUAAUGAUCUUCCUCUAGAUGUACGAAUGUUAAUGCAAACUCCUAGAUCAGUUAAUUGUUACUCUAAGUGUGGAGGAAGUUAUGUGUAUUUAGGAAUUGAAUAUGGUAUUAAGCGGAAACUUCAGAAAAAUCCUCAUAAUUUUAAUAACAUUGAGCUUCUUGUUAAUGUUGAUGGUUUACCACUUUUUAAAUCCCACAGGUACAACUAUAAUGCCUAUUCUUUGCAGUUUUAGGAAGUCUGAAGUUUUUAUUGUUUCUCUAUUUUGCGGACAGUCAAAACCAAAUUCAAUAGAAGAUUUUUUGAAUGACUUUUUAAUUGAAUAUAAAGACCUACACACUAAUGGCUUGGUCUUUAAUAGUAUAACUUAUACAUUGUCCAUUAAGUUAUUUAUUUGUGAUGCUCCUGCUAGGGCAUUUCUAAAAUGCAUUAAAUCACACACAGGUUAUUUUAGUUGUGAGCGUUGUACAAUAAAAGGCUCAUAUAAUGGAAGGGUAGUCUUUCAUUUAGUGGAGUGUCCUCUGCGAACAGAUGUUGACUUUGCUGCGAUGCUAUAUGAAAAGCAUCAGUUGCAACGAACACCGUUAUUAGACUAUAAUAUAUCGUGUGUGAGGAGUUUUUCUUUAGACUACAUGCAUCUUGUCUGCCUUGGAGUGAUAAAAAGGAUGCUAAAAUUUUUAAUUGGGGAUGGGCCUCGUGCUUAUAGACUUUCACAUUUACAAAUAAGUGAAAUUGUAAAUCGUUUGACAGUUUUAAAUGGAAAAAUGCCUUCAGAGUUUUCAAGACAGCCAAGAACGGUGAUUGAAUGGAAACGAUGGAAAGCCACUGAAUGUAGACAAUUUCUACUGUAUACUGGUUGUGUGGUGUUGAAAAGUAUUGUUAAUGAGGGUGUUUAUACACACUUCCUUAAAUUAUCAGUUGCAUUUAAUAUUUUACUAGAUUCAAAUGCAAACAACCGAACUCCUCAAAUGCUUGAAUAUGCACGAAAACUUCUUGUUGAUUAUGUUUCUUCUGCUAUUCAAUUUUUCGGACCUACUUUCUCCACUUACAACGUGCACAAUUUGCUUCACAUUGUAGACGAUGCAGAAAAUUUUAAUUGUUCUCUUGAUGAUAUUUCAGCAUUUCAAUUUGAAAACUACAUGCAAGUGAUAAAAAAAUUUGUUAAAAGUGCUCAUAAUCCGUUAGCUCAAAUUGUAAAACGCAGUGAAGAGUUAGAAAAUUGUGGUUCAGUAUAUUCAAAUAAGCCUAUGAAGACUGUUUGCUCUAUUCAAGAUAAAGACUGUUGGUUUUUACUAAAUAAUGGAAAGUUUUGUCGUGUCAAGUCCCUGUAUGAAAAUGGUUAUUGUGGCUGUGCUGUUUUAAGAAAUAAUGAGUUAUUAAGUUUUUUUAACAAUCCAUGUGAUUCUAAGAGUUUGAAUAUUGUUCGCAUUAAAAAAAACUAUCUGUCUGAAAAAUGCAUAAUAAGUAAAGCAGAUUUCUCAAGAAAAGUUGUAUGCAUGUCUUAUAAAGAUGGAUUUGUGCUUGCUUCUUUAGUCCAUGAUAUUGUUUGGUAGAAAAUUAGUGUAUUAAAUUUUACCCAAUUUUCAUUAUAUGUUUAUAACUCAAUAUCAUGUAUUGGUAAAUGAUACAAUUGCAUAAAAAUAAAAAAAUAAAA